AUGAGUGCCUUUCUUUUCUAUAAGCCAAAUUCACAUCCAGGUCGUUACUCCAGGAGGGAGCGUUUCAGUUUGCGCCACACUGUGCUAUCAGAUAAUGCAUUGGAUAAUGGGUCAGAUCUCUCCAUGAAGAGAUCAACCUUCGCCAAACCCGCGCGUUCCAGCGUUGGCAAUGAGCUUGAUAUGAACAUCCACAACUUGGGCCAGACCCAGUCAACGUUUGUGUGUGCGGAAACCCUGCCCCAGGGUUCGGAUGAACAUGAUGCUUGCAGAACAUCUAUCAAUGAUGAUCUGGAUUCGUUGCACAGCCUGUUCUCCGAACUGGAUACAGAUUCGAAAAGUAAUGGCAGUGUGGCAGAUGAAGUACAUCCUGCGGAAUUAGUUUCAACCUUUUCUAUUAAAGAUAUACCUCCUAGUGGCUCCAGUCACAGUCCAAGCAGAGGCGAUACCCUCCAUACAAAGGAUUCCGGCCCAAAUAUCUCCCCCUCACCAAUCCUACAGCGCAUGGACACAUUUUUGGACGACUCCUUUACUGAGUCAUUAUAUCCUCUCGCACGUCAUGAGCACCUAGAACGGGUAGACGAUCUUGUACCGACAGGGGACGGCGAUAUACUGGCAGCUAAGGCCUGUAAAAUUGAUGAGAUAUCCUUAAAGACGAGUGAUUCAGAAGCUCAGGAUAGCCUCUACCUUUUUCAUAACGUUGAUUGCUCCGAUGCCACAAACUGCACUUCUAUUCCCGAGUUGAAUGAAUUAUUUAUCGAGAAUGUAACCGGUUGUUCUGGCCUCACAACCAACCCCAGUACUGUGGCUUCAUGGGGGGAUAUAGAUGUGGAGAUGCAAGACGUGCCACAUAAUCUGGGAGAGGCACCAAAGAGUACUGAGAGGGCGUCAAAUAAUACUACGUCUUCAGAAGAGCUUUGCGAUUCUAGUACCCCCUUACAGCCAAGUCAACAGCGGAGUUUCACUUAUGACACCAGUAGCGAUAUUUCCGCCCAUUUCACGGAACUGCCCUUAAGCAGCGUUCAAGAUCCACAGACGAAACGUGCUGAAUUCUCUCAUGUAGAGAUCCGGGACCGCCGUCCCUUGGAGAUGACCAGAUCUUCUGUUGAGGCUUUAGGAAAUCCUGUCUACAGUCCAAUUUCGAGCUGUCACCACCCCCCAACCACCAACGGGCCAUGGCAUUUGAAUGGAACAGUUCUUUCCAUCGACCUCCGAUAUGCAGAAGUUCCCACCCGUUUUGGAAAAUCCACUUUUCAUGUGUUUGAUGGCCAAGUUAUUCAAAUCCUUACGCUCGUCCACGGACCCAUCAAAGCACCACCUCCUCAAAAGCCCAUUUCUAGUGCUAAGACUAGUACAAAGAAGCGGAAACUUAACCGUCCUGCCGCGGCUGCUGGCCGUCUCUCACCCAAACAAAAGCAAUGUCUUGUGCAGUUAAGGGAGGAAGGUUAUACAUGGAAUGAGGUCACAUCCCGAUUUCCAGGCAGAAAGAAGGGCACACUUCAGGCAGCCUAUUACACGACGCGGAAGAAGUUAAACCAGCAAGCCUCUCUACCCCGACAACAUCCCAGACGGUUAGUAUCAGAGCGCCAAGGCUCUGGUAGCCUGUCACAUAGACAGACGGAGACUAUCGGAAAUUCAGAGCUAAGGCAGGGUAACAACCUAGAACAUCCACGGUACAAUCUGCGGUCAAGAGGAGUCCGGUAA